AAGAAGACAUAAUUUAAGUCAGGUUUACAGCUGACCCUGGCAGAAAUGUAAUGAAUUAAAUGAUGUUUUAAAAAGCAGGAAAUUUAUUUUACUAGAUAAAAAUGUUUAUUGUUCACCAAGAUAAAAUUUUCUAAUUCUAUUGGUCCAUUAUUUUUAGUAAAUUUUAUAGGACAUUUGAAAACAAUAAAUUAUUCAAAUAGUGAUUAGUUUAGUAAUGAGAAAUGACACAAUACACAGAAAUGAAAUCAUUUAAAUUAAAAGCACACCAAAAGACUUUCAGUGAGGAAGAUUUAAUAAUUAAUCAAAAAGAUUACCCAGAAGCAAAAAAGAAUGAUAUAGUUGAAAUAUAUCAUCCAAUACCAGAUGAUGAUAAUCAGAAAAAUAGAAAAAGUGAAUCUGAAGAAGAGCUUCCCAGAUUAUUAUUGCAAAUUAAAACAUUCUCUGAUGAUCUUUUGCAAGCUAGAGAAACUAUAAGUAUCGAACAAAGUAUUGUAACUGCAUUUGGUUUACAGACCUAUAAAAAUGUAACAAUUAGAAUUGUAAAUCCCGCAGAGGUAGCUUUGGAUUCUGUAGAACUCACAUUUAAAGAUCAAUAUAUGGGAAGGUCAGAGAUGUGGAGGAUUAAAAAUAGUUUAGUGAAUACAUGUGUUUACAUGAAUAAAAAACUUGAAUUUUGUGCAGGUGUCAUUAGAUGCCAGGUUUAUGAAAUGUGGGCACAAGGGGAUAGAGUUGCUUGUGGAGUGAUUACAGAUGAUACAAAAAUUGUCUUUAGAUCAUCGACAUCAAUGGUAUUUAUAUUUUUACAAAUGUCAACUGAAAUGUGGGAUUUUGAUAUACACGGAGAUUUGUAUUUUGAAAAAGCAGUUAAUGGUUUCUUAGCUGACUUAUUUAUGAAAUGGAAAAAAAGUGGAAGUAAUCAUGAUGUAACAAUUGUUCUAUUUUCAAGAACAUUUUAUAAAGCCAACAGUUUAGAAGAAUUUCCUCAGCACAUGCGGGAAUGCUUGCAAAAAGAUUAUAGAGGAAGAUACUAUGAAGAUUUUUAUAGAGUUGUUGUACAGAAUGAACGUUAUGAUGAUUGGGGGACGGUACUAGUUCAGUUGAGAAGAAUAUUUCAGACAUAUUUAAAAACUGUGCUAGAAUACCACUCUAAACCCGAUGUUAUUAUACCACCAGCAAAGAAUAGUACAUCAUCACAAGGAAAUUUCUUAGAAGUUUUGAAUGUGUCACUCAACGCUUUUGAAAAACAUUAUUUGGAUCGAAGUUUUGAUAGAACAGGUCAGUUAAGUGUGGUUGUUACUCCAGGUGUAGGUGUAUUUGAAGUAGAUAGAGAGUUGACUAAUAUCACUAAACAAAGAAUAAUAGAUAAUGGAGUGAAUAGUGAUUUAGUUUGUGUAGGAGAACAACCACUGCAUGCAGUUCCUCUUUUAAAAUUUCACAAUAAAGAUACAAAUCUUAAUGUACCAGAUGAUUACUCUAUGCCACACUGGAUAAACUUAUCAUUUUAUUCAACCAACAAAAAAAUUGCCUAUUCUAAUUUUAUUCCAAGAAUAAAAUUACCACCAACUGUAGUAGAUGGAGAUAUUAAAAAAAAAUCUCCUAAAUCAAAAUUGUUACCUGAAGAUGAGUAUCUACAUAAUACAUUUUUUGACUAUGAUGCAUACGAUGCAAAAAUUUUUCAGUUACCAUCAGCUUAUCCCGCAGCAGAUAAUAGGAUACCAUCACGUUAUAAAAAAAGUUCAGGUAGCAUUUUGGAUUCUCAAGAAAUUGCCAAAGGACAAAGGCGAAAACUAUCUGAUCCAGAUUUAUUCCAGCGAACUAGCUGUAAUACUCGUUCAGAACCCAUAGCCAUUCCUCCAGCAGCCUGUUGCAGUCCGUCUUUAUCAGCAAAUCCAGAAGAUAGAGAUUUAUCUCCCCCUGUAAGACUGGUAGUGGGUUCUGAAGGAUCUCCUCCAUUAGAAUCAAGAGCUUUGAUAAAUCCAUUUGAUCCUUCUCAUGUAACUAUUAAACUCACCUCAAAUCGUAGACGAUGGACCCAUAUAUUUCCAAAAGGACCGACAGGAGUACUAAUCCAGCAACAUCAUUAUCAAGCAGUACCUGCACAAAACAAAGAGAAAGAGAAUAGUCAAAUGGCUUUCUCAUUUAGUGCCUUACAAGCAUUACAGGAAUAUUGUAAAAAACGAUCGAAUGGUCACGGUGGCAGUUUGAACAUGUCUGGAUCUCAUAAACCUACAUCAAAAAGUUCAGCUCUUCUUUGGGGAGCUACGGGUGAGCAACAGUGGACCCCUGCUUUGACAACAGUCAAUGAUGUCCUUAUAGGUGUUGACUGGAAAUCUCUUACAAUUCCUGCAUGCCUUCCUAUUACCACGGACUUCUUUCCGGACCGAAGAGCAUUAAACUUGGAUUACGUUGUAUCUCUUUACAGUCUUCUUCCUGACAGUGUAAAUGCAGAUUUUGUUCAACAACGCUCUUCCUAUAAAAGACCUUUGACAACACAGGAGGUCUUGAAGGAACUCAUUUCACAAAGAUUAUCACAGGGAUUUCAACUUAUUAUCACGAACGACAGCAAGUUCAGUUCGAAUAGUAUGGCUGGACUGAAUCCUAAGAUGAGAGCUAGUGUUGUAAGAAAAAGUCCUACAGAGAAUGAUGAAAGUUACUUUUUGUCAAUAGGACGUCUAUUUCAUAAGAUUUCCCUCUCUGGUAACACCAUAACUGUCACUAGGUACCGACCAAGGCAUCCAUAUCCAGGAUUCAAUUAUCAAUACAGAUACCGCUUCCAUGCUCCUUGGCACGAUAAUUAUGAAGAAUCUUAUUCUACAUUUGCCACAGAAAAAUUGGAACAUUAUAAUUGGAACUAUGUGGAUCAUUAUGUAUGUACAGGUGGUGAUACCGAAUUUGUUUUGGUGGAUGCUUUAAAAUAUUGGAGGUUUAGAGUAUAUCUGAUACCCCUAAACAAUCCAGGAACAAGAAAAAUAGUGGAUGGAUCUGAAUACUGUGAUAUUUACCAAAUGCAAUCCUCUUCGGAACAUCAACAGAUGGUUGAUGGUCUGAUAAAAUUUAUAGAUACGGCUGUGAAUAAAAUAAGAAGAUCCACUUUAGCAAAAAAACCAAGGAUGUCACUGAAUAUAUCUAGCAUUCCUCCACCGGCUCAACCUAGACGUAACAGUAUGAGCAGUUUUCAGACUAUUGGAUCAAGCUCUCCAUUUCGAGAAAGAUUGGGUAGCAACAGGUUGUCGGAUAGACCUCGACCAAGGUCUGGAUCAAAAGUUGAAAGGAAUCGAAUUUCUCAAGGACCUCCAGAAACGUCUGAUAUUAAAGAGGGAUUUGAGUUGCCAUCCGACGAAAGUACAAGUUUACCAAUAACUAUGCUUAAACCAAAUGCGACAAGUGCUGAAAUCAUUGAUAGCAUGAAACAUCCUAUAAAUGGUUUAUUGUUUAUUAGUGUUCAACAAAAUUUACCGAAUCUUACUUUCGUUACUGCAGAUGCCGUAAGUUGGCUAAUGACUCAUAUGGAAGAAGUUCCUUCCAUUGAGAAAGGAAUACAGAUAAUGCAGAUAUUAUAUGAAAAACAAUUAAUACGACAUGCUUCUGGAGAUCCAAAGAGAAAAUUUAUAUAUGGAUUCUAUUUAUUCUAUAUUGUAUCAAAUGACAAAGAUGAUAAAGAAACCUUUCAACCUUGUGGUGAUAUUCAAAUUUUCGAAAAUGAAUGGAUGGAAGUAGAAGUGAAGAAGCCUUUAAAUUGGGGAUUAUCAACUCCCCCUUGUACCUUACAAGUUCCAAAUAGUUAUUCAGAUCGAGAGCACGGUGUGCCUCACUUUUUAUGUGAAGAUAUAGAUGUAGAAUACUCUGAAAAUGAUUUGGAAGGACCAAUGUACAAAAGAAUGAGAUUAGAGACUGAUUUGACUGGUAAAAGCGAUCGAUUAGAAUGGGGUCAUGCACGUUAUCAAACCGUUUUUAAGCCAGAUCAAGCUUACGAAUUAGUUGUUGAAUGGUUGACUUCAUCGGGAUCUAUUAUUUCUGAAUUGCUUUGUGGUUGGCACAGAAAAGCCCAGUCCUGCGGACUUCAAAUGAUCCCCAUACCACAUGAUCCACUCGCAUUACCAUAUUCUAAUAAGUCUGAUCCUUUGCGAGGACCAAUUUUUAUUCCACUUAAUAUUAGGUGUCUAGAAGAAAGGAGUUAUCCACUAUUUAAAGAAUUUAGAGAAAAUUCUUAUGCAGACAGAAUGUUUCUAUUCCAAGAAGCAAUUGUUCAACGUUUUGGCUUUAUACAUUGUCAAGUUGAGCCUCCCGAUAAUGUUAAUACGUCGAGAGAACAUCAAUAUAUUCAUGCAACAGGAACAAUUUUCUUAUUGAUCUCACGACCAGUAACUAAACCUAGAAGUAGAGUGAAUUCGUCAACGGGUAAUAUGGGAAAAUAUACAGUACAUGCUGAUGUUGUUCCUAGUCCUCAUGAAGCCUAUAUUACUAGACAUGUUUCUGGAAAAAAUAAAGAUGAUUACGAUAAUUCUAGAAAGAUGGGUUUCCUCUGGUCGUGGAAUCAUAUGGUGAGUAAAAGAUGGAGAACGAAUCAAGGAGUUGAUACCAACUGUCAGUUAAAAAUCCUCAAAGAUUUUCGAGAAUUUUGUUGCAAUUCCAAAAAUAGGUUACGAAAUUUUUGGUACGAAUGUUGGGAAGCUAAAGAGUUGAAUAAUUAUUCUUUAAGUAAGACAGUUUCUAUAAAAAAAUAAACUUUAUUUAAAUAAA